AUGGCCAACAACAGCCCCGUUGACUUGUCUGAUCUGACCUUCACGAACGGGGUCGUCUAUUCGCGGCCUUCCGUCAGGUUUGCGAUUCUGCUGCGGGGCGUACGGUGCGUGAAGUGCAACAGCGAACACUCCUUCGCCGAUGUACCUGUCGAUUACCCAUCGGCGACCGAUCCGCUUGCCACGUUGCAAGGUCGGCUGGUCUGCGAUACCACUUCGUGCGCUACCUCCUCUGCGGUACCACUGUGUCUCAUCCCGCCCGACAUGGGAGGAGCCGCGAGGACCUACCUACAUACCAAUUGUCCGGCCCGCACCGAUAUCUGCGUUUCUCAAAAGCUACAGACAGAUCUGCGCCACGCCCUCGUCGAGCUGGACAGCACGGACGCCCUCAAGCUUGAAACGACCGCCAUCUUUACCGACGAGACCGGUUACCUUUGGCAAUUUUUCCCUUCUGGAGGUCAGCAGGCAUCCGACCCGACCCUCUGCCCUACAUGCAAGACCGGCGCCGAUCCCCGCACACACACCUUGACGUGGAUAGACGGAAGUUUCAUGCAGCGUUGCUCGACAGAUCCCAUUCUCCUCAAGGGACGGCUGCUACUCGACAUGGAAUCUCCGAAGACAGCCACAUUUCAUGCGCUCGCUGUUCAGGACCCAUACAUCUCUGACCCUUCUACUCUCACACAUGACAAGACCGGUGCGUGCCCUCUGGACUCGAUCAAAGACCGGGUCAGGAACGCUACGAGAGCUUUCUCCACAGUAGUCAGUCAGCCCCAGUAUGGAGUGUGCCCGGCCCGUCCACCUUUCUUUGGGUACAACAAUUCAAGAGAAUCUCGCACUUUUGAAGCAUGUAGAUCCCCAUCGUGCUUUGCAGCGGUUAUGAUUCCGGUCGUCCUUGUCCCUGUUUACAGCCCACUCAUUUUCUCACAUCCCGGAACAUCACUCACCUGA